UGUACAAAUCAAUUUUUGACGAAACCUAGGUGUCAAAAGAAAAAAAAAAACCCAGAAUUUAAAGCCUUUUUCUGAGUUUUUUGAGUCCAUCGCUCCAUCCUACUCUCCUUUCUCUUCCCUCUCUUUCUCUCUCCUCCCUUCUCUCAAGCAACAAAAAUGGCGUCGACAGAAGAAGAGAGCGCAGUUAAGGAGCCUCUCGAUCUCAUUCGUCUCAGUCUCGAUGAACGUAUUUACGUCAAGCUUCGUUCUGACCGCGAACUUCGUGGCAAACUCCAUGCUUAUGAUCAGCAUUUGAAUAUGAUUCUUGGAGAGGUUGAGGAAGUUGUGACAUCUGUGGAAAUUGAUGAUGAGACUUAUGAGGAAAUCGUUCGGACUACAAGGCGCACUGUUCCAUUUCUCUUUGUUAGAGGAGAUGGUGUCAUAUUGGUGUCACCGCCUCUUAGGACAGCUUGACGUAGGACAUCACAAUAUUGGAUUUUGACCAAGGGAUCAACCAUUUUAUAGUUGCAUCUGCUGUGAUCUUAUGCAAAGCUCAAGAAACUGUUUACAAAUGUAGUCUAGUUUGGACAAAACAGGAUGUCAUAACUUUGUGGAUGAAUGUAAGCCUUUUUUGUGCGCUUCCCAUAUAUUUGCAUCUUGACAUUUUAUGAUCUAAGUUUAUUUGUGGAUCAAUAUUAGCUGGCAUUGAGAAAUAUUUUUGAAUUGAAUGUUUAUGGUUCAUACGUAGAAUUUAUUGGUUGCCGAAAGUUAUCAACAGGCCAAUUUAGAAUUUUAA